GGCGUCGAGUGAAAUCGGCUGAGAAAAAGUGGGAAGUCUGUCUGUGGCCUCAACUUUUCCGGGAAAGAGAUUUCUUUUCCCGGAAAGAAUAACCACCGAAAUAUCCUUAUUUGGAUAAAGUUAUCAGUUUUUUCAACAAUUUCUUCCGUGCAAGCGAACUACAAACCAAAAACUCGCGAAUUUUAUGUGUCCAUUUGUCUUAAUUUGAAGAAACCCCAAAAGGGAGGAAGAAAAGAAAUCUCGUGGAUUUUCAAAAAUGGAUUUCUGGCCGGAAUUUCUCGCUAGCAGUUGGGGAAAAGAGUUCGUCGGCGGCGGAAUCGGCGGCGUUGCAGGCGUCGUCUCCGGCUACCCACUCGACACCCUCCGCAUUCGUCAACAACACUCCACCUCCGGUUCCGCCCUCAGCGUCCUCCGCAACAUCGUGUCCAACGGCGGCCCCACCGCUCUCUUUCGAGGAAUGGGUGCUCCACUCGCUUCCGUCACUUUCCAGAACGCCGUUGUUUUCCAGACAAACGCCGUGCUCUGCAGUGUGAUCGAUCCGGCGGCGAGUCAAACCCGUCCGCCGUCGUACAAGGCGGUGGCAUUAGGCGGAUUCGGCACCGGAGCAUUACAGAGCCUAAUUUUAACACCCGUAGAGCUCGUCAAAAUCCGUCUUCAAUUACAGGAUUUGGGAAAUUCAAGCCACUCAGACGUGGGUUCGUCUCGGCCCGGGCCGAUGCAGGUUGCGAAGAACAUUUUCAAAACCGAAGGCUACAGAGGGCUAUACAGAGGCUUAACGAUCACGAUGCUCAGAGACGCUCCUUCGCACUGUUUCUACUUCUGGACUUACCAAUUCAUGAGAGAAAAGCUUCAUCCCGGCUGCAGAAACACCGGACAAGAGUCCUUGAGAACGAUGAUCGUCGCCGGCGGACUCGCCGGCGUCGCCAGUUGGGUUUGCUGUUACCCACUCGACGUUGUGAAAACCAGACUUCAAGCUCAGUCAAAAAUUUCGUUUCAAAAGUACAAUGGAAUCAUGGAUUGUUUCUACAAGAGCGUCAAGGAAGAAGGGUACAGUGUUUUGUGGCGUGGAUUGGGAACUGCCAUUGCCAGAGCUUUUGUGGUUAAUGGCGCCGUUUUCUCUGCUUAUGAGCUCAGUUUGAGGUGUCUGUUCAGCAAUGGCGGAUUGCAUGCUGAUCAUACGAUUUGAAACGAAAAUGGACGAACAGAGAAAAAUCCCCCAUUUCUGUUUUCGAUUCCAUAGAUGAAGACUGUAAAUAAGUUGAUGAAUUUGGAAUCCUUCUCGACUUUGUCGGGUUCUGUAUUUUAAUGUUAG